UAGCUAAAUUCUAUUUUAAACAAGAACAUCAACAAAUACACACUAUAUUUCUCCAUGUUCAUAUAUGAAUCUUUCUUGUAAACUUUGAUAGAAAAAAAUUACAAACUUAAUCCACACUUUAACACAUAUAAGAUACAAAAGAAACCCCAAACCCAGCUGUAAACAAACCUAAUUUUCACCACAAUAAAAACCAAAUCACAACCUCAAGAAAAAAAUUAAGAUUUUUUCUUUUUUAAAAAAAAAGGCCAUUCCAAGAUUCCUUUGCUCAAUUCCCUCCGCCCCAAAAUGGCUACACACUUCACAACAAAGCUUUCCUUAGCACUGAUUCUCACAACAGCCGCCAUUUCCGCCACCGCCGUAGCAGGAAAUCGCAAGUUGAAACAGACCAAUAUGAUUCUGUACUUGCAAGAUUUCGCCAAUGGCCCAAACCCCACAUUCAUCCCAGUCGCCGGAGUCGCCGGCAAGCCGUGGAACUUCACCCAAUUCGGGACGAUAUUCGUCACCGACAACCCAAUCACAGCCGGGCCGGAACCGAACUCGACAGCGCUUGGGCGAGCUCAGGGGAUAUACAUGGUGGCAGCGGCUGAUGGGCGCAAUUUGGCGGUGGUUCUGACGCUGGCGUUGGUGGAUGGGAGUAGCAUUGAAAUACAAGGAACGAGCCGACAGUUUGAAGGUGUUAGAGAGCUGGGUGUGGUGUCGGGGACAGGCAAACUCCGUUUUGCCAGAGGGUUUGCUGUUGGUAAGAAUGUUGUUACCGACAUUCCAAAUGGUUACACCGUCGUUCAGUUCAAUGUCACUCUCAAACAUUACUAGGAAAAACCAAUUCAUGAGUUUUAUAACAUAAUUAGUUUAAUUAUAGGUUAAAUUAUAAGAAGGAUUCGGUAUCAUCAGUAUUUUUGAAAUAAUAAGAGUAUUUUUUAAAUAAAUGACAAAAUACCGAGUCUUUUUUACAAUUUAGCCUUGAUAAUAACAAUAAUGUGUAAGAUGUGUAAGAAAUUGAGUGAUUGUGGUGGCUGAGUUGGAUGAAAUAUUAGGUAUAAAGUGAAAAGAUAUUUGUUAUGUGUAUUUGGG